AUGCAUAAGCAUGUGUUUCUUCGAAUUGUAACUACUCUUGGACAUCAUGAUGAGUAUUUCCAAAUGAGGGCCGAUGCAACUGGUAAAAUGGGUCUUUCACCAUUGCAGAAAUGCACUGCUGCUAUUUGUAUGUUGGUAUAUGGGUCUCCUGCCGACAUUGUAGACAAAUAUGUUCGAAUUGGAGAAAGCACGACAGUUGAGUGCUUAGACAGAUUUGCAAGAGGCGUGAAUGAGGUAUUUGGGGCGGAGUAUCUAAGAAGGCCAAACAACAAUGAUGUUGAUCACUUAUUACAAACGGGUGAGGCACGCAACUUUCCAAGUAUAUUAGGUUCUAUUGAUUGUAUGCAUUGGGAAUGGAAAAAUUGUCCGGUUGCUUGGAAAGGCCAAUUUUGCCGAGGCGACCAUGGUAAACCAACGAUCAUGCUUGAAGCAAUGGCAUCACAAGACUUGUGGAUUUGGCAUGCACUUUUUGGUAUUGCAGGUUCAAACAAUGACAUUAAUGUGUUAAACCAAUCUAAUGUGUUUAAUGAUAUUUUGGAAGGACAAGCACCGACAGUGCAAUAUACAGUUAAUAGAACUCCAUAUCAUAUGGGGUACUAUAUCUAG